AUGUCUACGGCUGGCUCUGUCUCCAACGACUCGAAAUCGGCAAAGAAGCGUAAGGUCAAGAAUGGAAAUGCUCCCCCAGACAGCGGUUCAGUCACUCCCUCCGUCGAAACGCUUGCACCAGACAUGUCGACUCCAACUAACGGUGUCGAUUCUCACGGCCAGAGUCAAUACAUCAAGGAUUUGGCGAGGAACAUUCGCAACCUCCACAAGAAACUUGCUGCCUCCUCGAAGGCUGAUGCAGUCGUGAGCGAAAACCCUAAUGUCUCGAUCGAUGACUUAGUUGCCGCGAAGAAACUCAACGCAGAUCAGAAAGCCCAACUCCUCAAGAAACCGGCUCUUCAAGCCCAGCUCUCCCUGCUUGAAGAACAGCUCACUUCUUUCCGCGCCUUUGCCCAAGAGCUAGAGGAGCGGUUUUCCAAGGAAAAGUCAAGCCUAAUCGAGGCACAUGAGACGGAGAUUGAGAAUAUCAAAGAAAAAGCAACUCGUGAUGCAGAGGAUAUCAAAUCAAAAGCCGUGGAGGAUGGGUUGCGAGUCGUUAGCUACUUUUUGCACGCCGCGGCUUCAAAACGCCAGUCCGAAGAGGCUGAUUCUGAGGAAGGCCGUGCCUUUGAGGGCGCUCUAUUACUGGUCUACCAGGGCAACGACGCGUCUCUUACCUCUCUGAAGAAUUUAGUCUAUGGCACGGACGAUAAAGUACCAGAUGUGAACGGCGAAACUUUGGAGGUUACCUAUGCACAAGUCAAACUGUCCGCGCUGCAGGGGGCACAAGAAGAGGCUCCCGCCACGGAGCAGGAGGUGGAGGUGGAGGAGUCAAAGGCAGCCGACUUUACACCAACCGCUUCUGACGUGCAAACUGAUCCGACCGUGGCGAGUGCAGGCCUGACUGAGCUCGACGAUACCGUUGCCAUACAGACUCCUGUUACCGCCACCGCUCCCAAUGAAGCUCUCUCGAUCCCCGUACAAGCAUCCACUGGUGCAGAUGCUGCGAAUGCAACUGCCGAGGCCACAUGGGACCCUCAGGCAUCCGUGGUAACUGAUACAAGCGCAAACAACGAGGAAUGGGUACAAGUUUCCCGAGACCCUGCCGAGACUGAUCACGGCGUCACCGCCACGCCCGCUGCCGUGCACGAUAAAAAUAGCUGGGCGGAGGAAGCUGGUGCUGCCGCCGAAGAAAAGACUGCUGCCGAAAACGAUGGAUUCGAACAAGUGCGUCGCGAACGUGGUCGUGGACGAGGCGGACGAGGCAGUCGUGGGGACUUCAGAGGACGUGGUCGUGGCGGUCGUGGAGAUGGGCACCGUGGUGGACGAGGAGGAGCACCAAGAGCUCGAGGCGGCUCCAAAGCUGACAAGAGCUAG